CAUCUUCUAUUCAACAACAUGUUAUAGGCUGACUGAGGAGUCCAAUGGAGUCUAUUACAUCUGAGCUGAGUGCCGAGGGAGCAGACAAGAGGAAUGCGAGUUGAUGGGCUGUUCCCAGGACCUGCAGAUCUGGUGGGGAAGUGGUACCAGUGCAAGUGAUGGCAGAACCAGUCCUACACUUUCUCCUGCGAACUCGAGUGUGUAGUUCCUUUGUUAUCAACUCGUGGUAAAGCAGCGGAGCAAGAUUCAUGGCUCUACCAGUCAACAGUGAAAGUGCAGAGUUCGCACAUGAACCAGCAUGCAUCCCAUCAUCCUGAUGAUUCUUUUUGGCCUUACUGUUGAGCAGACAACAUCCCUUUGUGCUCCCAUGGAGUACAUCAUCCACGUGGAGAAAAGAGAGUGCGCCUACUGCCUGGCCAUCAACACCACCAUCUGCGCUGGAUACUGCAUGACCCGGGACAGCAAUGGAAAGAAGCUGCUCCUCCAGAGUGCCUUGUCCCAGAAUGUGUGCAUGUACAAGGACCUGGUGUACCAGACAGUGCGGAUCCCAGGCUGUUCCAGUCACACGGUCCCCUUUUACUCCUACCCGGUGGCAGUGAGCUGCAAGUGCGGGAAGUGCAACACUGACUACAGUGACUGUGUUCAAGAAGCCAUCAAAGCAAACUACUGCACCAAACCACAGAAGCCCUCUAACAUGUAAGUGUCUAACUCAACGAGGCAGCAGUGUACACUGUGCUGCACAGCUAGUUACUGGCUGCCUGCCUGCCUGUAAAAAGAACUUGAAUAAACCU